AUGGGCACCUGUCUUCGCAGCUCAAUUCCAGGUGUUGCUCCGGUGAGCCCAGAAGUGCUUUCUGCAUGGCAGAGGCGAAAGGAGGAGUGCUGUCGGCAGCUAGCCCAGGACCAUUACGAGGCCUUGGGACUGCCGAAGCUUGCAGAUGUGGAUGACGUGCGGAAGGCCUAUCGAGAGCUGGCAAGACGUUGGCACCCGGACAAGCACCAAAGCAGGGCCCCUGAUUUGCGUGAUCGGGCAAGCAAGCGCUUCACCCGCAUUCGGCAAGCCUACGAGGUCUUGAAUGACGAGGGCCUGAAGCACAACUACGACACGGAGCUCAUGCUUUCAGAGGCAAGACCACUCUCUUCGGCUGUCUCAUCUAAAGGCGUGGAACGGGAGCUCUUCGACCACUUUGAACGCGCAUGGGCAGACCAUGAGCGGGUGCUUUGA